GGAAUUUAAAUGUAAACAGGGUCAGAGGUUAAUCCGGUCUUAAAUUUCAGUGUUCGAGCAACACACCAAAAUUCCGGACAAAACCAACUAAAUUCAACAGGUAGUUCCAACAUAAACUAUGUAGAUAAAUAACAGCUCAUAGAAGCAAACUUGGAUAUGUAAACUUAAACAGAUUAGCAUUCAAUGGCAAACAGAAGUAUGCCACCUACAAAUCCUCCCCCAAAUAGCAGGCGACCAAACCCCAUCCCUCCAAUAGGCCAAGGAGCUCCUAAAGGAAUGAACAUGCCUAUGUCAGAUGCCCGUGCAAAGACAGUUCUAAGAGAAGCUGUAGAUGCAGUUGUCAAUAGUUUUGCCAAACAUACACAUGGAUAUGGAAGAGUGAAUGUGGUAGAGGCUCUCCAAGAGUUCUGGCAGAUGAAACAAUCCAGGGGAGCAGAACUGAAGAAUGGUGCCCUUGUUGUCUAUGAAUCGCAACCCUCACAAUCACCACCUUAUGUCUGCUAUGUUACCCUACCUGGAGGCAGCUGUUUUGGCAGUUUUCAGCAUUGCCCCACUAAGGCAGAGGCUAGGAGAAGUGCAGCUAAAAUUGCCCUGAUGAAUUCUGUAUUCAAUGAACAUCCUUCAAGGAAGAUAUCAGAUGAGUUCAUAGAGAAAGCUGUAGGGGAUGCCAUGGUAACAUUCAAGGGAAGUCAAGAUGAGACAGACAACCCAGCUACUGGUAUAGGAGCCUUUAGGUUUAUGUUAGAGCACAACAAAGGCAAGACCAUGCUAGAGUUCCAAGAGCUAAUGACUGUUUUCCAGCUACUACACUGGAAUGGUAGCCUAAAAGCCAUGCGAGACAGGAACUGCUCGCGGCAGGAAGUGCUUGCACAUUACUCCAACAGAGCACUCGAUGAUGACAUGCGAUCACAGAUGGCGCUUGAUUGGAUCUCACGGGAGCAAGAAUCUGUUGGGAUUAUUAUGCACGAAUUACAUAAAAGUGAACAGGAACUAGAAAAUGCUCGGCUUUCUGGCCGUGAAUUGCGCUUCCCUAAAGAAAAGCGAGACAUUCUAAUGCUUGCUUUGAGUCAGAUUGGACCACAGGAAAGCAUGGCUUGAAUAAAAGAAUCUGAUUCAUCCAUCUCAAUAAAUACUUCUCACAUUUGACUUACAAUGAUCUGGUUAUGUCCUGCCAAUUUGGCCAAAAAUUAUCUUUUGUAAAAAAUUAAGAUAUUCUCAACCAAGUAUAUUACAUCUGCAGAUGUCAUCUUGCUUGCUUUAUCAUCAUUUGAAUUUAAAUUAAAAGGGGGAGAGACUAACAUUUUUGAAGCUAUCUUUUCAAGAAAGCAUCACAAAUGAGAUCUUAAUUUUAUUUUCUAAAAUGACAAUGGAUGUGUCUGAUCAAAUAUAAAAAGUGAAGAUUUAAAGUACAGGAACAUAAAAAAUCAUUUGAAUGUAAAAUUGUAACAAUUUUCUAUAAAUUUACUUUCAAUUUAUCUCUUUUCCUUCUAUUUUCACUUUAGAGGAACAACUAUUUUGAAUUUUUAGUCAAUAUUACACAUUUUAACCCAACUGUGCUUCAAAACCUACCUGUAUGUUUGACUAUGGCUAUUUUAUUUUCAAUGUUGACAUUAACCCUGUAAAUAAUUGUAAAUAUUACAUUAACUUCUUUUUUCUAUACAAUUCAUAUCACCUACGUUUUAAGAAUGUAUCACAUCGUACAUGUGUUUAAUUUGUAAGAAAUAAUCAAGAGGAAAUCAACUUUUGUGAGAUUUGUUUUUAAAUGACAAUCUUAUGAAUUGAUUUCAUUGCAAAAUGUGAAACUAGAGAAGUAGGCAAGGAACUAAAAUAAUCAAGGGCAUGAUACAUGUCUUAUACUUCAGUCAAUAUUUUAUAAAAGGACUGUAUUUUUAUUCACAGAAUGACAUUUUGAAUACUAACACUUGAUCAUAUAUAAGAAUCGAAUGUAAAUGUAGAAAGGCUGAACAUUGUACACUUUUUGGCUCACAUAAUGGAAUCAUCCUUGCAUACCAAGCUGUUGAUGACUUGUGAAUUAAGGUAUCACCAUGUGAGCCCACCAAAUAACAAUAACAGGAAAUAUCAAGUCAGAAAGUGUCAAAUAUAUAUUUUGUGUAUAUUUUAUAUGGAAUUGUUUGCAUGAUACUCGGCUUUCUGUUUUGCAAUGAAGAAAGACAAGAGCAGAGAAAGCAUAACUUAUACCAAAAUGUAAAAAACUAACAUAUCACCAUUUUCACCAAAAAACAUUAAUUUGAAACUUAACACUUUACUAAAACAGGGUAUAAUUUAAGAAACAAAAUGUCAAAGAGGCAUUUAUUGAAACAAAGUGCCAGACUGUUUGUCUUUUUGCAUGGGUCCAGAAUCUGGAAUCAGACCUUCAGAAAGGAAGACAAUACCUUGGAUAUUGACUCCAUAUAAAUGGAGGAUAGCUCUUGUGAGAUUCACAUCUUAAUCACAAACUAACAAGAAUUUAUUUUUUGAUAUUGAGAGAGGU